AUGAUACAUUUGACGAGUUUUGUCAAAGACUACAGGCAAAAGAAUGAGUCAAGAGUUAUCCAAUACAUAUCCCGAUUAAUUGUACCUUCAGCAGAAUCUCUCGCCGUUGACGGGGCCAAGAAUCUUAAACACUUGGUUGAAAGUGUUAAUGAACAGUGGAGCUCCUCCAUUGCCUUCUGUGGACCGCGUCCGCAGCCGCAUUAUGCGGCCGGGUUCGGCCGUUCUGCGUUCACGGAAGACCAGCUGAAGAAAUUCGAGCCGCUCCUGGCUACGACCCGGAUACCUAUAGCUCGUUCUUCCUGGCCACACCUUCUACAUGUACUUCCCUUCUUGACCAGUGAGGUGAAGGGCACCACCGUGCUUGACAUUGCUGACCGGCAGAACGCACACAGCAUGACCCUUGCCGUGAGGGGCGUCGUUGAGCUGUUUAAACUUGUGGGACGUGAAGAUGAGGUCAAUCGCGAUAUCCUGCCUGGCUUUCUCGAUCUCACCCGAUCACAGGACUUCAUUGAGGAGAACAAGACUUCUUUCUACCGUCACCCAAUCAGAACAUUUGACUUCACUAGUGAGGAGGGGAAGCAUAAGUGGAGCGCAUACACGUUUGCCAAGAAUGUUUACGAUAAAUGGAUGCCGGAUCACCUGAAAAGUAUCCGGUCUGCCAUGGAUGAUAUCCCUCCUGGUGUGGUGUCCCAGUCAGAGCUUGGACUCUGUCAGUCAAUCGCUCCAUCCUUUGUGGACGACGAUGACGGUCAAUAA